CAGGUUUAGAGGGUGCAGGUCAAAGCCUUUGAAUUCAGGCAAUAUGAUGAACUACGGUUUGGGCAUUCCUAAAGAAACAAACUUAACCAGAGCUAGGUUUCUGGAGCUGGAAUAAUAAACAUUUAGCAUGCAAAUAUUUGAUAAACGUAAUUUAAAUUUGCUAAAGGUUAUUUUUUAGAUAAUACUACUACGUUUUAUUGAUUACUAUUGCGAUCAGCUUUUUCGAAGGUCCUUGAGUCAAUAUUGAUGUUCCUCUAGUAGAACUUGGAACCCACUCUCUUAUCGGGACACGGUAACCAGAUCUUUUUAACACACAAAGAACAGGUCGAGCAGACCUUUUCAAAGUUAGAAUUCAGUUUAAUCAGUUUAAAUUACCCAGAUCAAUGACGACUGAUGCUAUGAUGACGAUCAAUGUUUUUUCCAAACCAGGGGUGUUGUUAGGUUUCAUGAACAUCCAGGCCUGCCUGCAAAAAUUUUCAUCAUGCUAAACCUAAAUAAACAAAAUACGCCAUUUAUUAUAGCUUUAAAUAGCUACCUGACUACUGUGCUGCUUAUCCCAGAAUAUCUAAAGUUCCAUUAAAGUUAUUUCAGGUAAAAUAAACACAAGUUAGACAGACCAGCUUUCAUAUAUACAUAGGCCUACAUAUUUAUUUAUAUGGAUCUGACAGGAUAGGAUAGGUUAAUUCACUUGAGGUGGUAAACAGUCUGGUUAUGUUUCUAAACUGUUUAUUCACUUGCCAGAAGGACUAUCUAGAUUCUAGAAGGACUAAACUUUAUUUUGAGAUGUCCCUGGAAUCCCGAUGUUUCUUUCUAAAUAACUAACUACCAUUAGUGACUAGAAUCGUUUCAUCACUUCUAGACUGAAUUGAAUUAAUGGAUUCCAUAGUUACAAGUAAAUAUACCAAUAAAUAUAAAUAUAUAUAAAUAAUUAUUUUGCACCCCAAAAUUAUAUUCGGAGGUAUUUAAAUAAUAUCCGGGGCUUUAGCACCUAAUAAAACAGCCUAGUGACGCCACUGGUUCAAACAUACUAUUUGCUCAAUGUCAAAGAAAAAAUAAGAAACCCUUCUUUACUAAAUGCACUACAAAACAUUAAAUGUUUAAAUGUUUUAUAAAAUGAUACCCCAAAGGUUUAAUAAAAUGUGUUCAUUUAUUUGCCAAACCCAUUAGUAGGCAGCUGAAACGGUAACCAAGUGUGUUGGCCCCUGUGGUCAACAAAUGGGCUGCCAACCUAACAUGUCAGAGCGACCCAACUGCUAUAAAAGCCAGUGGCACUUCUGCAAACUUUCCACAGCAUCGACCCGGCGUUUUUCUGUCCCUUGUUGUGGAACCAUGACCCCCACAUGGGCUUCGGUUUGCCUUUUGGCCACUGCCUUUAGCUGCCUGGCUGACGCUCAGAGUUACCAAAAGCCUCAGCAGAAACCUCAGAACGGGCUGCCCCAGUGGCCCCCGUGGAAGCCAUCUCCCCAGGAUCCCCAGGCUCCUCAGGCUUCCCAGGCUCCUCAGGUCCCCCAGUGGAAGCAAGCUCCUCAGGCUCAGGCUACCCAGGGUGACCAGUUUCAACAGUGGAAGCAAGCUCCUCAGGCUCCCCAGGCUCCUCAGGUCCCCCAGUGGAAGCCAGCUCCUCAGGUCCCCCAGUGGAAGCCAGCUCCUCAGGCUCCCCAGGCUCCUCAGGUCCCCCAGUGGAAGCCAGCUCCCCAGGCUCCUCAGGCUCCACAGGCUCCCAAACGUCCUCAGGCUCCCCAGGCUCCCCAGGCUCCUCAGGCUCCUGCAGUUCAGUGGCCCCCUAGGAACCCCGUAGAUCCUCCCAAGCAAACCCCCAGGCCCCAAGCUCCCACACAGCCCAAACCGCAUCCGCCUGGAAAGACGUCGCCUCCUGAAGACACAGUCCAGAGCUGUGAGGUCGAGGAUGCCUACAAGAUCUAUUGUGGCCGCCAGGGCAUUGCUGCUGACCAAUGUAGAGCUAUCAACUGCUGCUUCGAUGGGAGAAUGUGCUUCUACGGAAAGGCAGUGACUGUUCAGUGCACCAAGGACGCGCAGUUCAUCGUGGUGGUGGCCAUGGAUGCCACAAUGCCACACAUUGACCUGGAAUCUGUGUCGCUGCUUGGAAAUGAACCAGGCUGUGGCCUUGUGGGCAGCAACUCACGCUUCGCUAUCUACCAGUUCCCUGUGACCGGCUGUGGUUCUGUGACCAGGGAUGAGCCUGGGGAGGUCAUCUACGAAAACAGAAUGUCAUCUCUAUACGAAGUGGGAGUGGGGCCCUUUGGUUCCAUCACUAGAGACAGCACCUAUGAGCUGCUCUUCCAGUGUAGAUAUAUCGGCACCUCCAUCGAAGCGCUGGUCAUUGAGGUUCUGUUAGAUGUGGUUCCACAACCGAUUGCCGCCCUUGGACCAAUGCGGGUGGAUCUAAUGUUGGGCAACGGAGUGUGUACCCAAAAGGGAUGUUACGAAGAGGACGGGGCUUAUGAUUCCUUCUACGACGCGGCCGACUACCCCGUGGUGAAGGUCCUCAGGGAUCCUGUCUACGUACAGGUCCAACUGUUGGGCAGGAGCGACCCCUCGCUGACCCUGACUCUUGGCCGCUGCUGGACCACCACCACCCCCGACCCAUAUAGCCUUCCCCAGUGGGACCUGCUGACCAAUGGCUGUCCCUGCCGUAACGACCACUACCAGACGGCGCUGAAGAUGGCCAAUAACGUCGAAUUUCCAUCUCACUACCAGCGUUUCGUGUUCAAGAUGUUCACCUUCGUGGAUCAGGGCAAAUCAAUUCCACUGAGCGAAAAGGUAAUGCGUCCAACUUAACAAUGUGACAGUUUGGUUCUCUUUUCCACCUGAAGUACAGUAUCUGAAAAAAGCCUAAUCUACAUGUUUGGUUCCCAGGUGUUCAU